AAGCUGUCACCCCAAGAUUCGGACCAGAGCGAGGCCAAUUUAGAGAAUGCGGACCCUGAACUUUGUAUUCGUCUUCUCCAAAUCCCAUCUGUGGUGAACUAUUCUGGCCUGAAGAAGCGACUAGAGAGUAGUGAUGACCAAUGGAUGGUACAGUUCCUGGAACUCAGUGGUCUGGAUCUUCUGCUCGAGGCCCUGGAUAGGCUGUCGGGCAGGGGAGUGUCAAGGAUCUCUGAUGCUCUUCUACAACUCACUUGCAUAAACUGUGUUCGAACACUAAUGAAUUCCCAUAAGGGGAUUGAGUAUAUCGUCAAUAAUGAAGGUUAUGUCAGAAAGCUUUCUCAAGCUCUGGACACGUCCAAUGUAAUGGUGAAAAAGCAAGUGUUUGAAUUGAUAGCAGCCUUAUGUAUCUAUUCCACGGAAGGACAUGACUUGGCUUUGGAUGCACUUGAGCAUUAUAAGGCAGUGAAGAACCAGCAAUAUCGAUUUAGUGUCAUUCAUUAUGAGCGAGCUCUCAGCCACAGAUAAUGUUCCCUACAUGGUCACGCUGCUCAGCGUCAUCAACGCCAUCAUUUUCGGAACAGAAGAGCUGAGGAUUCGAGUGCAGCUGAGGAACGAAUUUAUAGGUCUUCAGCUGCUGGAUGUGUUGACAAAAUUAAGAGAUUUAGAGGAUGAUGACUUGUUAGUGCAGGUCUGUGUCUUUGAAGAAGCCAAGUCAGAAGAUGAUGAAGAUCUUCUCAAGCUAUAUGGAGGAAUUGAUAUGAACAAUCAUCAAGAGGUCUUCUCUACACUCUUCAACAAAAUCAGCUGUUCUCCGCUAUCGGCCCAGCUUCUCUUUAUUCUGCAGGGCCUAUUGCAGUUCGAUGUUAAUCAUCCUUCAAGUGCCCUUCUUUGGGAGGCCCUGGAGCUCCUGGUGAACAGAGCUGUACUGCUUGCAGAUGACUGUAAAGAUAGCAACCUUGAGGGAGUUAUGGAUAGGCUCUUAACUUCAAAGAAACACCCAAGCAAACAGAAGAGCCAAGAUAAAAAUGUUGAGACAGUUCAUGUAAGCAUACAGACAGAAAAACCUAUGUAUGACUCCAGCAAAGAAGAAAUGAACAGCUUAUCUCUAGCAGAUGCAUUAGUUGAACCGUCAGAGGAUGUUCAGAAGGUUGGAAAGAUGUCUUCCCAUGUCCCUCUAGCUAUAAGUCCACCUGCCCUUCUUCCAUCCCUUGGUGCUGAUGUACAGUUUACUCCAUCACCACCUCCACCACCACCACCUCCUCCUCUUUGUGAGAUGUCAUCUCUUUUCCCAGGCAUGAACUCAUUUCCUUCUCCACCACCUACCCUUGCAGAAGUAACUCCUCCACCUCCGCCUCCCUUGCCUGCUAUGGGAGGUAUUCCACCACCGCCGCCUCCUCUUCCUGUGCAUGGCACAGGGGGUAUUGCACUUCCUGACAUUCCGCUGCCUCCCCCACUUCCUGGCAUGGGAGGCAUCCCCCCACCACCACCUCCUCCAUUCCCUGGCAUGGGAGGCAUGCCAGCACCACCACCACCUCCUCCCCCAUUUCCUGGCAUGGGAGGCAUGCCACCACCCCCACCACCUCCUCCAUUUCCUGGCAUGGGAGGCAUUCCCCCACCACCACCUCCCCCAUUUCCUGGCAUGGGAGGCAUUCCCCCACCACCACCUCCCCCAUUUCCUGGCAUGGGAGGCAUCCCACCACCACCUCCCCCAUUUCCUGGUAUGGGACCUCCACCACCUCCAGGAGGCUUCAAUGAUGAAGUUGUAGUUGCCCGCGUGGAUUAUUCUUUGGGAUUCUUAAAACCAGCUUGCUUCAAGGUCAACAGGCCAACAAUAAAAAUGAAGAAACUGAAUUGGCAG